AUUUUUGUAGUUUUAAAAAUUAGAGUAGAAAUUUUAUCGACCAAAAAAAUAUCAAUAUAACUACAUUCGAGCGUUUAUUAUCUCAGAAAUAAACUUCGGGUAUCUUCGGCUUCCAUUUCCCCUUAGUUGUAAAUAAUUCGGGUCGAAAUCCGAAGUAAAACUCUGAGUACGGAGUAUACUCCGGUCUUUUCUAUAGUUGUUGCCAAGUGGAGAGGUUGAUGUUGGAAUUGUCCUACCGUUGGUAAAGAUAAAAUGACUCUUUAUGCAAUAAAUUCAUCAUAUUCCCACAUAACUUUGCUCCACAAAGCUGUGGGUGAUAAUAAUUACAAAGAAGCUAAAAACUUAAUCAACCUUGGAGAAAACGUAAAUUCAAUCUGUCACUACCCCCCAAAAAAAUACAAAAACAACACAAAUUGUACUGCAUUACACCUCGCAGUUUCCAAAGGAAACAAGAAGAUCGUGGAACUGCUCUUAAAGAACAACGCAGAUAUCAACAUCGAAGCUAAUUGUCUUGAUUCUGACGAGGACCCGAAGUACUCAGUAGUGCAAGAAUAUUUCAAUCGCACGCCUUUGCUGCUCGCGAUCGCCCAAGAAAAUAAAGAAAUAGUAGAAUUGCUGAUCAAGAACAACGCAGAUGUAAAUUUAAAAACUUCUAAUGGAGAAUCUGCGCUCGGCUUAGCUCUGAAGAGUAACAACAAGGAAUUGAUUGAAAUGUUAUUAACCGCGGGUGUAGAUAUUAAUUUGCAUUCCGAAAAUGUCACUUCGCUGCACUGGGCGGUAGCGAAUAAUAAUUACGCAGUAGCAGAGUAUCUUAUCAAUCAUGGCAGUGAUGUGAAUACAGUUUGUCAUUAUCCACCAAGGGAGUUCUUCAACACUUGCUGUUCGCCAUUGCACGUUGCGGUGAAGAAUCAGAACAUAAAGAUGGUCGAAUUGUUGCUGAGAAAUAAUGCAGAUGUUAAUGUUAAAGCUAACUGCGAUGAAACGACUCCUUGUUAUGUCCCGAUGAGAGAUUACUUUAAUCGCACGCCUUUGCACAUCGCUGUUGACAAAGAAGACAAGACUAUCGUCAAGAUACUGAUCAAACAUAAAGCUGACGUUAAUCUUACGACUAAAACUGGAGAAACUGCGCUGGGUAUCGCUGUAAAGAAGAAAAAUUUAGGAUUGAUUAAAAUAUUAAUUCACGCAGAUGCUCAUGUUAAUUCAAUAAAUCCGGGUCAUGUGUCGCCGCUCUAUCUGGCUAUUAGCAGGGAAGAAAAUUUUCGAGUUUUAGAGUUUCUUCUCGACCACGGUGCUGACUUUAAUAACAUCGUGGACUUUGGGGGAAAUUUAAUUGCUCUUAAUAAAUAUGAUAGGUCUGUAAAAGAUGUUAUUAAGCGACAUAUUAUCAAACUGGAAGCCCUUAGCUUGUUCUCAGGCCCUUAUCUUGGAAUAAUUGGUACAGAGUUUGAUAUUUUUACCAAAAAUUGCAACGAAGAAAUUGAAAAAUUAAAAAAAUUCGGUAUUAAUAUUAAUAAAAUUACUUUUUUUGAUACACUGACCAUGUGCCAGCAUAAACUAGCCAUGAAAUUGACUCAUGUUAAUGAGGGUAAUUUAGCGCUUCUGAAGAAAAAAGCUAAAUUAACUUUUCCGUUGUAUGGAGAGUUGGUUAAACAUCAUCUGACCAAAGCAGCCCGAAGGAAGAAAUUAUUAAUUAAAGCCAAUAUUACUCUUACUAAUAUUUUCAAGAGCGCUCUUCCAAAUACUUUUCUCAGAGAAAUGUAUUAUUAUUUUUCUAAUCAAGAUUUGAAAUUAUUAAGUUAAUAAAAUUGAUAUAUUAUUUGUAAAACUUAAAAUUUUUUUUAUACUUUUUCUUUGGUAUUUAUAUUUGUAUUAAGUACUUUGUAAACUAAGUACAAAAGUAUUGUAUAGUUUAAUUACUUCAGGUUAGUUGGAGAAAGGGGUGGGGGGGGGGUAAAUAUUUGCCAUAUUCCUCAGGUAUAAAUAGGGAUAAGAGUCUAAGUACAUUAUUUAAUAUUUGUUUAUCGAAGUAAGCAGAAGCAGAGAAGCAGAGAAAAAUUUAUUUUCAAAGUUUGAAUUGGACAACGACUGUACAUCUUAAAAG